UAGAGUAAGACCGAUGAUUGCGGUAAAGCAAGGCAUCAGCGCAUUUAUAUAUAUUAUCUUCAUUGUGACACGGAAAUAUAAUAUUGUUCAAUUCCCUGCAGUCGAAACCCCAAGAUGCUGAUUCUUUUUGUGAUGUUGUUUGCCUUUCUGGGCUGGCUCGUCCAUUGGUUCCUGCGGAGCCUUGUUGUGGGUGACUUCGACGACAAGUACAUCUUCGUUUCUGGUUGUGAUAGCGGCUUCGGUAAACAUUUUGCGAUGCGAAUCGACGGUAAGGGGUUCCGAGUAUUUGCUGCAUGCUACACUCUGAAAGGUGCCCAGGACUUGGCUGCCCAAUGCUCUGAUCGCUUGACCACUGUCCAGGUGGAUAUCUCCUGUACCGAAAGCGUGCGAGAAGCAGCUGAGAUUGUCAAAUCAAAGCUGCCACCUGGUAAAGGACUGUGGGCUGUGGUGAACAAUGCCGGCUACACAGGGAAUUUAGCCAGAUCAGAAAUGCUGAGCAGAGAAGAUGUCCUAGCCACACUGAACGUCAAUUUGUUGGGCCACAUGGAUGUCCUCAAGCGCUUCCUGCCUCUGCUUAGACGAGAACGAGGUCGAGUUGUCAACGUGUGCAGCGUAGUGGGCCGUGUGGCCGCAGUUCAUGCAGCCUACUGCGUCAGUAAAUACGCGCUUGAAGCCUACUCAGAUAUUUUGAGAAGAGAGAUGGUACGAUUCGGCAUCCGGGUUAUCGUGAUAGAGCCCGGGUAUUUCAAGACGCCAAUCGUCAAUGCAGAAUCCGCCAUGGAGAGGUUGACCAACUCUUACAACAGCCUUGACGAAGAGGUGAAAAAGGCUUACGGGGUGGACUACCUCGCUAGUGUCAAGGCCAAGCUCAGGAAUGGAGACAAUCCGGAUGCUUACAAG